AUGGUCAAAUUCACCAAGAUUGCAAUUGCAGCAGUUUCAACUUUAGCAACAGUCAAUUCACUUUCACUCUUUAAUGAGUAUGUCGACCGUGCACUUGCCGUUUUCAAUACACCUGACGAACUCAACUCUCAUCUCGCUAUCUUACAACAAAAGUUUUUCAACAUUCAACUGGAUUCUCAUGUUGUAGAUGAUACCAAGCCCGUUCCCGGAAAAUCACCGAUUGAGGUUUGUGACUAUUCAAGCAAGCAACUUUUGACACUCGAUGAAAUCGUUAUUUCUCCUAAUCCACCGGAAGCAGGAGUCAAUUUGACAUUCACGGCAAAAGGUACCAUUGAUAAGACAAUAACAGAUGGUGCUUAUGUUGAGGUUGAUGUGCGUUAUGGGUUCAUAAAGUUGAUCCACCAAACGUAUGAUAUUUGUAAGGAGAUCACUAAAGUGGAUUUAGAAUGUCCAAUUGAAAAGGGGAAGCAAGUCAUUACUAAGGAGGUUGAAAUUCCCGAGGAGGUUCCACCUGGUAAGUACUUUGUUACUGCUAGAGCUUACACAAAAGAUGAUGAGUAUAUUACUUGCUUGACUGCCACAAUCGAGUUUCCUUACCAAUAA